UGUGGGGGCAAAGAAAAUAAUGUGCUUCUUCAAAUUAUUUUAAAUUUUAGAAACAAACGGGACCGACCCAAAUUUGAUGAAAAGAGCAAACCAAGCGAAUUCUGAGAGCCGAAAGGAAUUAUAAGAUUUUAGCGUUGGGAGUGGAAACACGCGUAGUUGGUGAGGGAUCGUGUGGAUAGUGCAGUGCAGGGGGACAUGGAUGAGGAAUCGCCGUGGUGUUUAUGAUUCUGAAAGUAAGCUAAUGAUGGCGGCAUCGGCAUCGGCAUCGGCAUGGGCGUCGGCUUCGUCUAUGGAUGACGUAAGGAUGUGGAGGACGGGGUUUCUCACGCUGAGAGAUGAAACUCUUACAUCUCCUCUUCGCACCCCUAUUCCCCAACUCCUCCACCAACUCAUCUUCUCCCACUCCCACGCUUUUCUCUCUGCCGCUCCACGUCUUCCUCUUCACGAGGUUACGUCGGACUUGUUGUUUCUAAUGGAACUGGUCACAACCACCCGUGACUCUUCUCAAGAUAUAACUCCUGCCUUCUUCACUCACUUAUCCUGCUUGAUCCACGACGUAUGUCGCAGUGUCCCUCUCCAACUCAAUUCAUCUUCAUGGACACUCAUGCUCCGCUUUUUUGGAAACUUGAUGGAAUUUUUCAUCGGCAGAGCUCCUACCGCUGAUUCACCCAAUGUUUCACCUCUUGUCCAAUGUUUGUCCACAUUAGGACGACUUGUUAGGUCGUGUCACAGAAAUGCUCCACCUUCAGACGAUAUUUUGUUAGUCAAAUUCCUUCUGCGCAUCAUUGCAGUCUCGCAUUCGGAGUUAAUCCGCCGCAACCAAAACUCUUCUUCUCGAAUUGGAAAAAGAGUACAGCAAUACAGCCACUUGUGGGAAGUUCAGACUGUUGCUUUUUCAAUGGUUGGUGAAGCUAUCUCUAGAGCUGGAUCAUCCUUUCCUGCCGAUGUAUGGAAGUCAACUGUUGAGGUUUUGAGGAAAGUGAUGGAUGUGUUGGCGUCUGAGGGCGUGCUCGUGGAAGAGGAAGAGAAUGAUAUGCCUCGGUUUUAUGCAUCCCUUCUGCAUUGUCUGCAUUUGGUUCUUGUAGAUCCUAAAGAUUCCCUUUCUGACCAUGUGUCAGGUUUUGUGGCUGCUUUGCGCUUGUUCUUUGCAUAUGGAAUUACUAGUAGGCCACAACUUGCGUUUCCAGCAAGUAGUCAGAAGGAAAAGGAACAUAGUUUGAAGAGCCUUAAGUCGCCGCUGGAAGAACCUCAAAGAGUAGAGCAUGGUCUAUAUAGGCCUCCACAUUUACGCAGAAGAGAAAGUUCAAAAAAGAAGCAGUCUAGAGCUUGCAAUUCUCAAAGUCUCUUGGAUCAUGAUUUAUCUCCACUUUCAUCUGACUCUGAGUACAGCGACACUGAUGGGUUAAUAAAAGACACUGAUGCUGUCCAGAAAGCAAAGGUUAGAAUAGCUGCCAUUGGUUGCAUACAGGAUCUUUGUCAAGCUGAUUCUAAAGUGUUUACCACCCAAUGGAUGCUGCUCUUACCAACCAGUGAUGUGCUACAAGCAAGGAAAUUCGAAGCUACUUUACUUACGUGUUUAUUAUUCGAUCCAUAUUUAAAGGCACGGAUUGCAUCUGCCUCAACUUUGGUUGUCAUGUUGGAUGGCCCUUCUUCUGUUUUUCUGCAAGUAGCAGAAUACAAAGAAUCUUCUAAAUGCGGAUCUUUCACAGCACUUUCAAUUUCCCUAGGACAUAUACUGAUGCAGCUACAUACAGGUAUUCUUUACUUAAUUCGGCACGAAACUCAUGGCAAAUUGCUGGCAUCCUUGUUCAAGAUUCUCAUGCUUUUGAUAUCAACUACACCAUAUUCAAGAAUGCCUACAGAACUAUUGCCAACUGUUAUUACAUGUCUACAAGAAAAGAUUGAAGAAGGUUUUCCUUUCAAAAGCGAUCAGACUGGUUUGCUGGCCGCUUCAAUUGGUUGCUUAACAGUAGCUUUCACUACUUCGCCUUCCUCACUCCAAAUUAAAGAAAUGCUCCAGAAAGAUGUAUCUAUAGGUGUUCUUGAGACCGAAAAGAAGUCGGGUGUUCCUUUUACUUUGUUUAAGUACGCUGAACAAGUAUACAACCCUGCAGUAUGCUUUGAGGCUCUUCAGGCACUCAGAGCUAUGUCACAUAAUUACCCAAGCAUAAUGUUUUCCUGUUGGGAAAAUGUUUCAAGCAUAGUUUAUGGUCUUAUGAGAACUCCUGAAGUUCUUACCAGACCUCAGAAGGGGCAUAUGGAAAACACUGUGGGACUUAUUGGAGAAAAACUCAUUACAGCUGGUAUAAAGGUCCUGGACGAAUGCCUUCGGGCAUUAUCUGGAUUUAAAGGAACUGAGGAUCAUCCAGAUGAUAAAUUACUGUACACUCCAUUUACUUCUGAUUGUAUAAGGAUGAAGAAAGUUUCAUCAGCUCCAUUGUAUGAACUGGAUAGCUUGGAAGAUGUUAAAGAUGAAUAUAAUUCAUGUGAGUCAGGAAUUUUGCAGUGGUGUGAGGCAAUUGAGAAACAUAUGCCUUUGGUUCUGCAACAUACUUCAGCAAUGGUGAGAGCUGCAUCAUUUACAUGUUUUGCGGGUAUCACUUCCUCUGUAUUCUUCUGUCUGAUGAAGGAGAAACAGGAGUUCAUUAUUUCUUCUUUGAUCUAUGCUGCUGAAUACGAUGAGGUUCCUUCAGUUAAGUCAGCUUCUUGUCGAGCCAUUGGAGUCAUUUCAUGUUUUCCUGAAGUUUGUAAGAGUGCAGAGAUCGUUGACAAGUUCAUCCAUGCAGUGGAUAUUAACACAAGUGACCCCUCAGUCUCGGUGCGCAUAACUGCUUCAUGGGCUUUGGCAAACAUAUGCGACUCUAUCCAUCAUUGUAUUAAUUAUUUGGCGUUGAAAGGGUCUAGUGAGUAUAAUGCAGCCUCUCGGUCAGUGACAUUAUUAGCCGAGUGUGCUUUGCGCCUAUCGAAGGAUGGAGACAAGAUAAAAUCAAAUGCUGUGAGAGCACUUGGGAAUCUUUCAAGAUUUAUGAAAUUUACAACUCCAUCCGGUAUUGAUGACACGAUGCUGGAUGAUACUGGCUUAUCUCUAAAGAAAAAAAGCAUUGGGGAGUUUCCAUCAACUGGUGAUUGGAAAGGCAGACAUGUAUAUGCAUCAAAUUUUCAUCAUCCAUCUUCUUUGGGUGAUGCAUGUUGGCUUGACAAAACAGUGCGGGCAUUUAUCUCCUGUGUUACAACAGGAAAUGUUAAGGUGCAAUGGAAUGUCUGUCAUGCACUGAGCAACCUAUUUCUAAAUGAGACAUUAAGACUGCAAGAUAUGGAUUGGGCUCCAUCUGUUUUUAGUAUUCUUUUACUGCUUUUACGUGAUUCUUCCAACUUCAAGAUCAGGAUACAAGCUGCUGUGGCUUUGGCUGUGCCAGCAUCAGUACUUGAUUAUGGAAAAUCCUUCUCCGAUAUUGUUCAGGGUCUGGAGCAUAUAAUUGAGAAUCUAGGCUCAGACCAGAUUUCGGCACCAUCAAGUUUUAAAUAUAGGGUUGCGCUUGAGAAGCAGGUAACCUCAACCAUGUUGCACGUUCUUAGCCUUGCAUCCAGCAGUGAUCAUGAUCCUCUGAAAGAUUUUCUUGUCAAAAAAGCCUCAGUUCUCGAGGAGUGGUUGAAGGUGCUAAGCUUGUCGCUAGUGACAACAAGUACUAAAACAGAAGUUGAAAGUAAUGGAUCUACUAGGAACGAGAAGAGAGAGAUGAUAUGUAAAGCAAUUCGGUCGUUAAUUGAAGUGUACAAAGGCAGAAAGCAUGAUGCAAUUACCCGUAAGUUUGAGAAGUUGGAGAAGAGCAUAAAUUGAAAUCACGUUUGGUAGCAAUGUUUGUGGUGUUUGUAGACAAUGGUAUUGUACGGAUUUUGGAGUUUGGUGCCAAAAAAACCUUGUUUGGUAUUCAAGUAGUUAUCUGUCUAUUAUGUGUACUGUAGAGUGCUAACAUAUAUAUAUAUAUAUAUACAUAUAUUUGAGAAAGAAAAAUGUUUGAAGA